AAAGUAUAUUUCCCACAGCCGGACGGUAUUGCUGCACGGUCUUACUGUUGGCUUGGUCAUUUAUUACAAUAUUGAAUUUCCCGUGUUUUUGUGUUGUUUUCCCCCAGCUAGCUAAAAACAAAACGAAAUGGCAGCUUACACCGAGGAUCAGUUGGCUGAAUUCCAGGAGGCUUUCAACCUGUUCGACAACCGCGGCGAUGGCAAGAUCCAGCUGAGCCAGGUGGGCGAGUGCCUGAGGGCCCUGGGCCAGAACCCCACGGAGUCGGACGUGAAGAAGUGCACCCACCAGCUGAAACCCGACGAGCGCAUCUCGUUCGAGGUGUUCCUGCCUAUUUACCAGGCGAUCUCGAAGGCCCGUUCUGGCGAUACGGCCGAUGACUUUAUCGAGGGACUGCGUCACUUUGACAAGGACGCCAGCGGCUACAUCUCCUCCGCCGAGCUGCGUCACCUGCUGACCACGCUGGGCGAGAAGCUGACUGACGAGGAGGUGGAGCAGCUGCUGGCCAACAUGGAGGACCAGCAGGGCAACAUCAACUACGAGGAGUUUGUUCGCAUGGUCAUGAGCGGCUAGGCCGGCCGGGUCCUUCCGAUUCCAACUGUUCGGCACCACGACAAUAGAAGCAACACACACUAUCCAACACAACAGCAACACUAAAACACCUGCCAAGCUAGCUGAUCCGUUCAUUCCGCCAGAAGUUCCAACUCCGUGAUUCCAACUUAGCCAUUCUUCUCCCGGGUGAGGAACAAAUUCUGUUUUGCAAACCAAGGACAACGACCAAGGAUAUCGAGAUAUAUAUACAUACAGGGGAAAGUCCUUAAUAAGCAGCUGAAAACUGAAGCAAACUGAAAACAGAGAUUGGAGCUAUUCCCUCUUCCAAAACUAACCAUCGAUGUAGACAUAGAUUCAUUAUUAACCAUAACUAAUCACCGCGUCUGUGAAUGUGCGUAUUAUUCUAAAUGGAAACUAGAAGGUUAACCAGCAAUUAUCACCUAGUGCAGGCGUUCUUUUGUACCAAUCACACUCGAUACAUAUAUUAUAUUUCAGUGGAAAUCAGCGAGAGUAUCACGAAAAAGUAUUUCUAAAUUAAAUUUGAUAUGCGUCGGUGGCGUGUGUCCGAAUUUAAAUGCGCA